AUGAUCUCGCACGUCCACGGGAUUGUCUUCCUGUCUACGCCACAUCGAGGCUCAUCCCACGCAAAUUCACUCAACAACCUCCUUUCGGUCAUGAUCGGAACAUCGAACAAGGGGUAUGUGGCAGAGCUCGACAGUAAUUCGACCUCUAUCGAAGACUUGAACGAACAGUUUCGGUCUGUCAGCAGCCCUCUGCGUCUGGCAUCCAUGUACGAGACUCUACCUACCAGGGUCUCUCCAGGCAUCAAAAAAAUGAUUGUCGGCAAGGACACUGGCAUCUUGAACUAUCCUAGAGAAAUUUCCGGUCCAGCAGACGCUGACCAUCAUACUGUUUGCAAAUACCGGAGUCGGUUCGACGAUAACUACAUCUUGUUUAUCACAUUUCUAAAGCAAAUUUCUCGAGAUCUCGUGCCCCCUGGAGCUGUGCAAGAGCGAGUCCAGACUCUGGAAUCUAUCUUUGGAAUCGUUGAGAGUCCAAUGGAGGAUCUCGAAAAGUUCACUAGCCAAGGGCUCCAGGGAACCGGAGAAUGGCUACGUGGGCGGAAGAGCUUCGAGCACUGGCUCAGCAACCCGAGCGGAGAGGUUCGUUUAUUUUGUCUGACCGGCAUGCCAGGAACAGGCAAGUCAACUCUUGCCGCCAUGACGAUUCGCCACCUACAGCAAACCUUCCUUGAUCAGAGUUGCCAGUAUCACUUCUUCACCGAAUCCCAGCCUACCAAGAAGAGUCUCGCCUACUGCCUCAGAUCCAUCGCUUUCCAAAUCGCAACCACACACAGUGCGUUUGCCGAGCGGCUAGUUCGCCUACACCAAGACGUUGGAGACGCAUUAUCAUCUCAAAAGUAUCAGACAAUCUGGGCAAAGGUGUUCCAGGGAAUUUUAUUCAAGAUCGACAUUGGCUACACCCUGCAUUGGGUGUUUGAUGGUGUCGACGAAGCAGAGAAUCCUCAAAUGCUUCUGAAGCUCGUGUCGCAAAUCAACUCGUCCUCUUGUAUCAAGAUCAUGCUUCUUAGCCGGCCGAACAAAGAUAUCAUAGCGGCAGUCGGGCAAGGGGCCAAAGCCGCAAUCCUUGACACCAUCACAAGUCGAGACACAGCGCAGGACAUCCGAGAAUACGUAUGCUCGGCGGUUACUUCCACAAUCCCACAUGACAGCCAUAUACAAGCCCAGGUCAUUGACCAGAUUGUCUCGAGGACCGAAGGCUCAUUUCUCUGGGCUCGCUUGGCUUUGGAGACCUUACACCAGAACUGGCAUACGCUGGGAGACAUCCAGAAAGCCAUGGACGUCAUCCCCAAAGGCAUGCAAUCUCUGUAUCAAAGCAUGCUUUUGGCUAUCAGAAUUCAGGAUCAACGGCUUCAAGAUAUGGCCCAACGAAUUCUUACCUGGGCCACAUGCAGCUUCCGGCCGAUGAAAUUGGCGGAGCUGCAAGCUGCCCUCGAGCCCGAAUUCGGGGGGUUUAUUAGUCUCAAGAACACCAUCAUUCAGAUCUGUGGGCAUUUUAUCCGAAUUGAUGGCGAUAGCGUAUCAUUAAUACACGCCACCGCCCGAAGGUUUCUCAUCACGCCUGAUGGGGACGACCCGGGAUUUGUUUCAUCUCAGGAUGGUCACGAGGCGCUUGCCAAGGCGUGUCUCCAAUACCUUUCGGAUGAUCGAUGGCGGCGGGUCUUUUCACAAGUCCCUGAAAUUGAAAUGGUGCACACAGAUCGACUGGCAAUUCUCUACGACGCUCAUCCACUUCUGAGCUAUGCGCUGAACUACUGGGCAUAUCACGUACGACACGCUCCGGGUACUUCUCUCCCACUGCUCCAACACCUCAAGCUCUUCUUUUCGAAGCAUGUCCUUUGUUGGAUACAAGCUGUGACACUUUCACGGUCUUUGCGCACUCUCCCCCUGGCGGCCCAAUACCUCAAGCUCUAUCUCAAGAAGCGCAAAGAGGGCCUCCCAUCCUCGAUGAAGUCUACUAGCUUGGCCAGUGGAUUGUCGGGUAACAGUGAAGUUUACUUUCUCGAGUGUUGGGUUGUGGAUCUUACCAGGAUCUUGGGGAAGUUUGGCAACAACUUGGCCGAGAACCCCUCGUCCAUCUUCAAACAAAUCCCGCCAUUUUGUCCUCGGGACUCGAUCAUCGGCCAGUUCGGCGGCCGCCAAGAGAACACCCUCAUCAAAGUCACUGGCAUUUCUUCCCGGAUUUGGGACGACAAUCUUGCUCGACUAUCCGUCGAUCGGGACGAAACCGCAUCCAAAGUGCGCUGCACCGGCGUCUAUUUUCUGACCUUGGUAUCAAGCAACGGUACGGUGACCAUUUGGUCCGCCGAAACCUGCGAGGUGCUCCGUAGACUGGAACAUGGGGAGUGGGUCGUCCUUAUGGAAACCAACGCGACAGGCAGCACAGUUGCAACCAGCGGCCGAUUUACCUUCAAAAUUUGGGAUAUCUCCUCCGGGCAGCUGCUUCGUACCAUCGCCAGGGGCGCCCUGACACAGCCUGUCCAAAUUGCCUUCGGGGUUGUCGAGACAGAUCUUGUUGUCGCCUACGACGAUUGUUCGGUUGUUUGGUACAGCAUCGAAUCUGGAACCGAAGUCGAAAGGUUCAUAGCGGAGGAAGCUACCAAACUGCGCGGUUGUCCCCGUCUGAUGGCGCUUAGCCCUGACCAGUCUCGAGUUGCUAUAGCGUUCCGAGGACGACCGGUUUUGCUGUGGGAUACCAGUAAUAAUUCGCUCAACCCGCCGCGGCGAUGUCUUCGUGCUGCGGACGAGAUCCGCUCAAGCGAAUCAGACGCGUACAAUGCCCCCGAAGUGGUGGUCUGGCACCCUGAUGGGGAUUCCCUGUGUGUUUUGUAUCAAGACACAGUCCUCGCCUACUGGAAUCUUAUCGAAGACGAGAGAUCAGAGUUUGAUCACACCGACGCUCGCGAGAUGGUUAUGAGCAGCGACGGUACGCUUCUUCUCACUUGCAAUUUCAGCGGCGUACUCUCCGUUUGGGCAUUACCCAAGUUCAAUUUGAUCUACCGACUGCACGGCAACGACUUUGUUCGUGACAUGGCUUUCAGUCCGGAUUCAAGGCGGAUUUAUGACACAAGAGGGCCAAUGUGCUGCGUCUGGGAACCUGACGCCCUGGUCAGGCCAGACGACAUCGACCGCCACGGGGAUAGUCUGAGCAGCACAAUGGAUGGUUCGUUGGUUUCAGAAGCUGUCUCUGAGCCCGUGUAUUCUCAAGAUAGUGGUGGAACCAACGUUACCGCCUUGACCUACGAGAGUGGAGGGGACUUUUACUGUUGUGGAAGGGAGGAUGGAACGGUAUCAAUACACGACAUGAAAAAAGGAAAGAUUUCCAGGAAGGUUUGCAGCCACGGACCUAAUGUUGAAGUGGUCAGUUUGGCGUGGUCGCCAUCGGGCAGGUUCAUUGUCAGCGGAGAUGACAUGGGGAAGAUUAUUGUCAAGAAAUUAAGAUUGAAGGAUGACGGGAAGUGGGCGGUCUUCCCGGUUUUCGAAACGAGGAUCUCGGACCGAACCGCCGACCAGUUCCUCUUCAGCGGAGACGAACAGCUUCUCCUGAUAUCUGCCCCUUUACAAGAUCAAAUCUGGGACCUGGGAACCAAAUCAAUGAUUUGCGAGAAAUCGAGGCAAGAAGAGCGGAGCGGGCAAUGGAUCACCCACCCGUUCGAUGAAACCCGAUUGCUGCUGGUCGAGCAGAAUCGGAUACAUAUUCAUAAGUGGCGGGACCUCGAAGAUGAACUGCUUCACAACAUCAUCACCACAACAAUGGAGGACGACAUUGAAACGCCUCGGCCAUCAUCGGCGACAAGUUCUGAGAAGGUCCAAGCGCUAGUUGGCACAAAUAACCACCGGUAUCUUGUCUGCCAAACUUCCCCGGAGUACAGGAUGAUACGGUCCAGAGGCAACAGAGACAGGAACCUCCUCAGUCUGCUUCUGGCAACGGAUCUCCAAGGGCCCGCAUCAACACCACAAGAGCAGGUCCGCCGCUGGCCACUGUCAGACCUCUCAUCUCAUAUCCAGAGCUUUUUAGGAUGUCUUCGGGAUAAGCUUGUUUUCAUUGACUAUGGUAAUUGGUCGAGCACGAUAGGGGGAAAGAAUAUGCCAUCCAAUAUCGGCGUCUCUGUCACCGACUAUGUACCACUCAACCGCCUGUGGUUCAUCUGCCCAAAGCGUAUUCAUAUCCGCAUCGGCAACGGCCGGCUCCUAGACACCAGGGAAUUUGCUCGUAUUCAAGCAUGGUUAGCCAGAACCAAGGGCUGCGGCGCGCGGAUGUGGGGGGCGUUGGUGGCACGGCUGGAGGAGUGUUCAUCGUCUCGUUUUGAAGACACAACCCAACAACUCAACCCACCACCAAAAUGUCCACAUCCACCACCGCCACCACCAACCCCACCCCCACAUUUCUUCCUCAACCUCCCCACCACCUCCCCUCCCCCACCGCCACCACCUUCUACACCACCCUGGGGCUUCACCCCGGUCCCCGCCUGGACCGACCCCUCCACCUCGGUCUUCCUCCUCCCCGCCCCCAACCAAAACAUCUGCCUCAUGCUACACACACAGGUCCGCUUCACGCAGUUCAUCCGCCCCGGCAGCGCGGUCGCCGACGCGCGCGCCUCGCAGCAGACGCUGUUCUCCAUUGGAUGUAGGGAUCGGGAGGGGGUGGAUGCCUGGUUGGAGAGGGUGGAGAAGGCGGGCGGGAAGAGGGAUUCAUACGUGAUGGAGGGGUUUGGGGUGGGGGAGGGCAUGAUCAAGGGUGCUGGUUUGGGCUAUGGUGUGAGAGCUCGUUGGUUGAGUGGGGGGAGGAGCUUGAAGCAAUGCUGUGUGUGGGUGGUGGUAUCGUGGACGCCUUCGUAG